AAAGCAACCGGAGGUCCACGCCAACUAGGACUCUGCCCCACCUCGAGCUUCCAAUGGGUCAUCACCUUAGCAAGUUCUCAGCACGCGCCAAUAGCCAGGAAAAGAGAGAACCGCCCGCCAGCUCGAGCCCCAGGGAUUCAGCAGCACUAGUAGAGGCGAUCAGCGUGGACGAGGAGGAGCUGCAGGUGGAAGAGAUCCUCACGGAGGCCACAGUCUCAGCAGCCACUGCCGCCACAUCGCCGGCGGAAGUGCGUCAGAUCAUCAUCAAAAUCCAGCUGGCCAAAAUGGAGAACGGCAAUCCGGUGGCCGCUGGUCAGGUGGAAAGUUUCGCGGAGGUGGUGGAACAGGAGGAGCAGCAGCGGCAAUGCGCAGGUGGUGCCACCGACGACGACGCCGCCGCCUUGUCUGCGGAUUCGCUGAAUGCAAAUGGGCAGAUUGUGAAUGUGACCCUGGAGGGCGGCUACGGCGAGGUGGGCGUGGUGACAAAUCGAACUGCUGGCAGUUCGCCGGAAGCGCCCAAAACCGAACGACAGCCCGUGAAUAACAACAGUUUAGCGGGAAGCGUCGGCGCUGCGAUAAGUACGUUACAACUGCACGACAACCACGGCGGCAACGCCAACUGCCCCUUGGAAGCCGACGACGAUGACGACCUGGAUGAGUCGCUGCUGCGUCGGCGUCGCAGCAACAGCAACAGCCGCAGCAACAUCCACCACCACCCGGAGCAGCAGCAGCAGCACGAGGCCGAAGUCGUCGAGUAUUGCGAAGUGCUCGAGUCGCUGCCAGUCAGCAAUAUGUUGUCGGCGGGAACGCAACACAGCAGCAAGCCAGUUUUCAGAAGCAAUAAUAGCAACAGUUGCUGCCGCAGUCGCAGUAAAGCACUUUCAAUGGGCGCAGCAACAUCCUCCGCCUCCGGGUCCGCAUCCACAUCCGCGUCCGCAUCCACAUCCUCCAAGCGGCGAUGCUGCAAGUGCAAGUGUCGCGACGCCUUCCGUGGAUUGAGGGACAUGCUGCCGAGCAGCAGCAGUUCCGUGAGCAAUAAAAAGGAUGCCGCUGCGGUGGUGGCGACGGUUCCGAGGAAAUCCCGGACAGCUGACCGCCGCUCCACACCGCCCACGCUGGGCACAUCGAGUGGGAGCUCCCAACGCCGGAUGCAGAGCCAAAGGAUGCGGAAUUCGGUCGCCGUUCCGGACGCCAGCCAUCACCAUCAUCAGCUCAUCAUUCGGAUCACAUCGCCGGGCUUCGUGGUCGAGUCGCCCAAUGGCGGACGCGUAACUGUGGUAACCGAGCCCGCACCCCAGUCGCCCCAGACUCCGCCCCGGCCACGCCCCCAGGCUACGGUCGUCCCUGCCGGAGGGGCUGGCCAUGCCGGAAUCGGAGUCGCCCGCAACAUGACCGUGCACUCGCAAAUCGACUUCAUGCACUGCCUGGUUCCCGAUCUGGAGAAGAUCACGAACAGCAGCUUCUACUGGGGCAAGAUGGACCGCUACGAGGCGGAGCACCUGCUCGAGGGCAAGCCGGAGGGCACGUUCCUGCUGCGCGACUCCGCUCAGGAGGAGUUCCUCUUCUCGGUCACAUUCCGCAAGUACGGCAGGUCACUGCACGCCCGCAUCGAGCAGAGCGGUCACAAGUUCAGCUUCGACUGCCACGAUCCGUGCGUCUUCACGGCGCCCACGGUGACAGGACUUUUGGAGCACUACAAGGACCCCGCCUGCGUGAUGUUCUUCGAGCCCUGCCUGACGAUACCCCUGCACCGAAGGCAGACCUUCUCCCUGCAGCAGCUCUCCCGGGCGACCAUUGUGUCCAACACCAGCUACGACGGGAUCAACCAGAUGGAGCUGCCCGGCCGGCUGAAGAGCUACCUCAAGGAGUACCACUACAAGCAGAAGCUGCGCGUCAAGCCCAUCGACCAGAACACCCCGGUGCCGUACUACGGCAAUGUAUAGCGGGAGGAGCAGCAGGUGGGCUUCACCUACUACGAGGACGUGGAGAGCGGCAGCGAGGUGGACGAGGACGACGACGAGGGCGUCAACAUCCGGGUCUCC